AAUUACGAACGGCGAUCAUCGCUCCAUCAGCUGUGGCAACAUCGCGACUGCACGUUCCCUGUUGAGCAGAGAACCGGGAUUUGUACGGGAUUUAUCUUUGUUUCACUACCGAUUCUAUUUCCUGACAUUUACCGUCGCAAACUCCAGCAGGAAUACAACAGGAAAGAAAAAUGUGGCGAUUUGCGGGGCUGAUCAGUGUAUUCGUACAAGUGGUUCUGGUGUACAGCCUGCCAAGCAAUAUAGAAGAAACGUUAUUCAACGUAACCGGUGAAAAUCUGAGAAAUAUCAUUGAAGACAAAUUCAGCCAACCAAGGCAUCAUCUCGAGUCAUUAUCGGAUUACAAAGACGAUGCAAGACAGUUUAUCAAGGAUCAGUUCGAGUUGUUUGGGCUCGAGGUCAUCAUUCACUCAUUUUCGACAGAACAUGACAUGAUUGAGGGGAGCAACGUGAUUGGAGUCCUGGAGGGCGACAUGUCUGGAACGCCUGAUGAUAAGAUCACACUCGUGUUGGCGCACUACGACACUUACCGACAUACUUCCGGUGUGGACGACAAUGGUUCCGGUGUAGCUGCUAUGUUGGAGAUAGCCAAGGAGCUUACAAAACAGGAAUGUAACCAUAAAUAUACCACCGUAUUUGCUGCCAUCGACAUGGACGUGAAAGAGUCAGCUGACAAAGUACGGAGUGCGUGUUAUAGUCGCAUAGCUUGUGGUACCUCCGCGUUCAUGCUCAGCUGGUUGAAGCCAUAUUUGGAAGAAGUCGGUAAUCCUAUAUUGAACGUGGCUCUUAUACUUGAGUCAAUUAUGAAUUACGACACCACACCGGAAUCCCAGAUCAUUCCCACUAAGUUUAAGUCGACAUUUCCAAGCGCAGCGACUGAAGUUGAGGCCAAUCAAAAUAGAGGAGUUUUCCUGGGAAUGAUUGGAAGACGAUUGGAAUCUGACGUCACGACAAAAAUAGCAGAGCAUUGGAAGAGCCUCCCUAACCCUGAGUUUGUUAUUCACAAACUUGAGUUACCAAUCGAUGCUAUCCCGAACCAGAUAGAACAGACCUUGUAUCAGGAAUACAUGCUGAACAGUAAUUUCUUCUUUUGGAACGAGGAAGGAAUGAAGGCAGUUUAUUUUACUGAUACUCGCCAGUCAAGGGGCAUAAUGAAUGAAUGUUAUCGAAUGAUGUGCGAUGAUGUACACACCAUCACCGAUGAGAAACUACAAUUCCUUGCCAAAACCGUCCACAGUCUCAAAAAUUAUCUCCACGACUUCUCUGAAACUGAUCCCACAACAUGCAAACAAGAUGAAGAUAUUGAACUUGUCGUCCAGGCAGGACAAGUUGAAGCAGGUGACGACGCAAACUACCAACGUGUCAGUUAUGUUACUAUGGUAACGAUGGUGCUACUUUCGAUUGCUUUCUGAGACACUGGCACUCCGUGACGUCCAAAGCGUUGUAGUUUCGUUGCAAAUAGUGAAGUUAUGCGAUACAGAGCAUUUCGAUUUAUUUUUUCCGCUAAUCGUCAAUUGUCGCAAGGCAGGUUUUUGUGUGGUUUACAGGGGGAACUCACUGCCACAACGCGUACACGAGUAAAGAAUGAUAUAGAAUCGCCUUCUAUAAAUGCAUCACCAGAGUAUUACAUGGAACUACUGUAAAUUAGAAUAGAUUUCCACUUCCUGCUUUAAAGUCAUUCGAUGUUUAAUGCCGUGUACGUUUUCCGGUAAAAGAGGGCGCACGUAAAUUCUUACCAAAUGAUCACCUUGCUAACCUGAGAACCCGGACGAGAAACAUUGUGUUUCUCUCCUUUCUCCUGUGUCUUAAUGUAAAUGUUUGGAAGCUGUAUGCAAUUCUGAUGAUUAUUGUAUUUUAAAAUUAAUUUUUCACGUUAUUAUAUCGUAACCGGAUUUUGAGUUGUUAUUCGAUAGUUUUAUGCGAUAAUAUUGAGUGUUUCUAUAACUCGUCUGUUCUGUGAUCGAAGUGGCAUUCACACUACGCAGACAUGUGAAACAUCACUCAGAAUACGUAAAAUUAUAAAAUGUGUGAAAAUGAUGUUGCUUUUUCUGGAAAAAAAAUAUAUCUAUAGCAAUUAGAUAUCCUGUCCUGACUAUUCAACAAGUUUAUUGUGGGUGUACCGGUCGUUCCUAUCCCUUUAGACAAACAUACCUACAAUGUGACUGGCCCUAAAUUAGCGUAUGUAUAUUACCUUCAAAUCUAACUUCAUUUUAAGUCCGACUCUAGGUAUGAAAUUUUAUAUUUAUAGUGACCUUCCCACCCCAAUUAUGUAGUGGUCCCGCCCGUGAACUUAUUUUCUGGAUAAGGAAUUGGUGAUAUUCAGUACUAAGACUUUAUAUACUUUUCUUACAUUACGUUUUUAUACCACAAGUUUGUUACCAACAACUGAGACACGUAAUGUGCAUUUUUUAAGAAAUUGACUUUUUAACAGUGUCUUUACUUGUCUGGUGCUGACACGUGUCAAUCGACUCAUACUACAAUAGUAAAAUUUCCCGCCAUAUUCUCGUUCUUAACAGACAUUUCAGCUGUGCCUUGUAAUAAAACUGUACACCACCCUAGACUCAUUGAGCCUGCGUGACUCCCAUCAUAGUUGCCAUGGCUUGACGUCAUUGACACUCGCACUACAUUUAAUUAUCGAAAGCGUUGACAUUAUUACAUUAGGGCAAUUGAGAUAAGCGUUGACACGCAAAACCUAGAUUAGUAAUAUUAUUGUAAGAUUAACUACCGAGCAUUACCUUGGAAGUGAAACACUAUAUAUAUAUAUAUAGAUACAUAAUUGACGCCAAUAGCUUGAACUGUACUAGAUGACUGAAUUCCAUAUCACUUAAGAUAAAGGGCAUACUAAUGAUAGUUACCGAACUAGUCGAGGGGGGGGGGGCUUCACCCUGUAAUGCAAUACCCAGUACACAAUGCAGGUUAAUAAUCGUUGUAUAUAUCUAUGCAAACUGUUUUUGUAUAUUUUACAAUAAAAUCCAGUUCACUUUUUACUUGACGUCAUACCGCAGCGUUGGGAUCAUUUAUCAAAACUAGCGGCUGAUAGUGAUAACUAUGGCAAUUAAUUGUUCAAACCUAUUAAAAACACAACAUUCUUCUCAUGGCUUGGAAUACAUCUAGUCAAACUCGAUUUGUAGUUCUUGCAAGUUAAAUUACUCAUUUUAAAUUUGAUUGUUAAUUAGGAGACCAAAUCUUUAAAAGGUGGUUAGAUGCGUGAGAGUUGUUAAUUUGUUAGUAUCACUGGUUCAUUGUUUUUUUUUACUGAAAGAGUGAAGUGCUAGUUUUUGUACCGCGUUGCAUUUUUUCGCAGAACAAAGCACUUAUUCCAUUAUGUAUGUACCAAACUCAAAAAACAAAAUGUUCGCCAACAAUUUGCGUCACUUUCUGUAUAUCACUUCCGGUACGUCGCUCAUCCAAUCAAAGACUAUAGAGAAGAACUUUGAUCCAAUAUUGUUCACAGCUAUUUUUUCUCUGAAAAAAAAGAGAAACGAUUUUGUUUUUUAAAUCCAUUAUGGAAAAAUUAAUUUAAUAUGAAGAAUGUAUGUGAAUUUGUUGAGGGGUGGGUGAUGCAAGGUGUUUUGGGACUUUAUUUGAUAAAUAUUAUGACAUUCUUCGGGACUUUAUCCGCCACUGUUCAGAGUGUUUGCAUUUUGUUGUUAUUGCUGAAUAAAAGAAUGUUACGUUGAAUAAAAA